GACCUGCUUUUGUCUGCAUUUCACAUUCACAACAGUCAUGCUGCCAGGAAGAGCUCAGCAGGCUUUUCUCUCAGCUCUCCACUGAAACCAGGAAAAGGCAACACGACAUAGAACACUGAAUCUAUUUGAUUAUUUCUGCAGAAAGUAAGUGUUUGAGCCGCUUCAGGAUGAAGAGAGCUGCGUGUUUCCUGAUCUCUGUGUACGCAGCAGCUCCUGUCAUCCUCUACCUGCUGCCCUGGAUCCUGGGACAUGUCAUAUUCUGUCACUUCUUGAAGUUUCCAUUCUCGGUGGAUCUGAGCCGACCUGCAGACGUCCUGAACCACACCUGCAACUUCUACCUCAGCCCGGAGGAGGGGGUCUCCGUGGGGGUCUGGCAUACGCUUCCUGCCAGCCAAUGGGAGGGGUCCGUGGGGAGGGGACCUGAGUGGUACCGGGAGGCCCUGGGCGAUGGCCGGCCUGUUAUUAUCUAUCUCCAUGGAAACUUAGGGACCAGAGCUAUACAUCACAGAGUGGAGCUGGUGAAGAUUUUAAGUGCUGCAGGUUACCACGUCUUAUCCUUAGACUACAGAGGUUUUGGAGACUCCACUGGAGAGCCCAGUGAGGAAGGGUUAACCAGGGACGCCCUCUGCCUGCACGACUGGGUACUGCAGCACAGCAGGGGGUCUGCAGUGGCUCUGUGGGGACACUCUCUGGGAUCAGGAGUGGCAACCAAUACUGCAGUGAAAUUACAAGAUCAAGGCACUGCUGUUGACGCUGUGAUUCUGGAAGCUGCGUUCACAACAAUCGGAGAAGUGGUCGCCAUUCAUCCCGUCACGAAGAUGUACAUGUUCCUGCCAGGAUUUGAGAGCUUGAUUUGGAGCAUUUUGCACAUGAACAACAUUGUGUUUGCUAGUGAUAAAAAUUUGCAGACGGUGAGCAGUCCUCUCCUCAUCCUGCAUUCAGAGGACGAUCACAUUGUUCCCUAUCAAAUGGGGCUGAAGCUGUACGAGAUAUCCCUGCAGGCUCAGAAACAGUAUAAAACAGAUGUCCAGGUGGAGAUGAUUUCCUACAGCGCAGAUCUGGGGUACUCCCACAACAACAUCUACUUAGACCCAAAUCUGACCAACAAGCUCGGGUAAGUUU